CCUGAAGCAAGACUGACACGUAUUUAAUCGUCAAAAGACCGACAGAUUACUGAGUUUCAGACUCAGGGAUGACAGGAGAGGCUGACAAAUUCGAGGAUCAAGAGUUCGAUACCGGUCCUCUUUCGGUACUCACCCAGAGCGUCAAGACAAAUUCCCAGGUUUUGAUCAACUGCAGAAACAAUAGAAAGCUGCUCGGACAAAUCAAAGCCUUUGAUCGUCACUGCAACAUGGUGCUCGAGAACGUAAAGGAGUACUGGUUGGAAGUAUCCAAGACGGGUAAAGGUGUCAAAAGAACAACCCCCAUUCACAAAGAGCGUUUCAUCAGCAAGAUGUUCUUGCGCGGGGAUUCGGUGAUUCUGGUGCUUCGAAACCCAAAGUAGAAAUAUAUGGAUAUUCGUGUUUUAGUUGUUGCUCUAACAACUUAUCUUUGAUUCGGAGGAAAAAAGUGUGGGGUUGUCGCCUUUCGCUCGCACAUGUACCACGUUUUCUGCUGCUCCCUAAAGUUCCUUCAUUUUGUUUUGACUCAGUGUUAUUAAUAUUCAUCCUUUACUGAAAUACGAAACAUGAUUUCUAAAGAAAGUCCCUGCUGGCUCUUGACUUAACUGCGAGUAGCCAAUACCAAUCUAUCUCGCUGUAUCAGAGCAGACCUACACACACACACAUGCGCGCACAUUAUAUAUUAGUCUAUGAUCAUACAUACUAUAUGAUACGAAGGUAUGGCAUCAUAUUAUGACAUAUCUACAUCACUGCUACGAAGGUACGUACAUCGUACACGUGGUGUACAUGUCCACUACACGUACACGUGCAACUCACGUGCAUCUUGUAUUGUACCUUCGUGUUUUAUGAAGGUGAUGAAAUACCUUUGUAUGAAAAUAGACUACGUGUACGAAGGUACUACGUAAUUCAGGGCUUAAAGGGCGUAGUACAGUACGUGUACUCUGUCGCAUCAAGGCUAAUUCAGGGCUUAAAGGGCGUAGUACUUCCCUAUUUGAUAAGUGAUUUGUAUAUUUUUAGGGUUUUUAUUACAAACCAAAAAAAUGUAAA